GCGGCAGCGGCAGUAAAAAUAUCUCAUUCCCAUGUGAGCUCCAUGCACAGAAAAAUUAAUAAAAUUUGGCAUUUAAAAUUUAAAUCUCAUUAAAAUUUAACUCAUUUUUAAAAUUGAUCAAUUAAAAAUAUAAUUAUUUUGUAAACACAAUGGGGAACGUGGCAUCCGCCGCGGAACUCGCCGCUCAGGCAGUUGUAGAUCCACAAAAAUGUGAGAGUGGUGCUUGCCAAAAAUCUCAAAAAUCCGAGUGUCCCGUGCAACACGGUCAAGGGGCUGGUGAUGUUAAGGUAGGCGGAUAUCCACAUCAUCACAGUCAAGGGAAUGUCCCGUCAUCGAAGGGGGAGUGUCCAGCAAAUCAUGGACAAGGAUGGAGAUCCGAAUGUCCUGCAUCAGCUCAUCUAGUCAACGAUCCACAAACUGCGGAUUUGGACCCUAAAAAUAUGAUGCCUCCACCAAACCAGCAACCUUCUCCCGGUCAGCCAUUCCCAUUGCCAAUAGAGCGUCAAACAUCGUCAAUUCCAAAAGCAGGAACUGACAAUGAAAAAUGGGUCUACCCUUCACCACAGAUGUUCUGGAAUGCCAUGUUACGCAAGGGAUGGCGAUGGCAAGAAGGUGACAUUAAGGCCGAAGAUAUGAAAGCCAUCAUCAAAAUUCAUAACGUUAACAAUGAAGACGCUUGGAGAGAAGUUUUGAAAUGGGAAGCCCUUCACGCCACGGAAUGCAUGUGUCCCAAGCUUAAAAGUUUCCGUGGUCGAGCUCAAGAUUUUUCACCCCGUGCGAGAAUUCGUAGCUGGAUGGGUUAUGAACUUCCCUUUGACCGCCACGACUGGAUAAUUGACCGAUGUGGUAAAGAGGUCCGCUACAUUAUUGACUACUAUGACGGAGGAAAUGUCGACGAGCAAUACAAAUUCGCCAUUUUGGACGUACGACCCGCAAUGGAUUCCGUAGACAAUGUUUGGGAUCGGAUGAAGGUAGCUUAUAUGCGGUGGCGAUACUCAAGUCCUUCAGUUCAAGAUGAAAAGGCACAUUAAUUAACACAAAUACAUUAAAUGUACGCACGUAACUUUUCCACUCACAAAAAUGUAUCUUCACUUAAGUUCGUGUCUCAUGUAAUAAUUUGUGUUUAAUUUAAACUUGAUGAUGCAACAGCAGCCCAGCUCAGUAGCGUUGUCUAGUCAGUCAAAUAUUGCUUCAAAAUAACUAAGGUGUAAAGAACAAGUGUGAUAGUUCUAAUAAAUUGGCAUUUAGUCGAGUCGAGCCAUUUUUCGUGUCAUCAUUUAUGUUAAAAUCGAUACUAAAUUCUCAAGUAAUAUAGUAAAUGUUGUGUCACUUUAUAACUCUUGUCUACAAGUGUUUAGGUUACGUUAAAGUAUUACUAGAUUGACUCAUUGUUAAGGAAUUUAGAUAUAAAUAUAUAUCAAUAAGUUAGUUAAAGUUAAUAACUGAUUGUCUUCAGUUAUUAUCGUCGUACCACCCGCAUUUACAGACGUCACUUGUAUCAUAACUAAUAUAUUCAAAUAGUUUCAAAUUCAGUGAUAAGCUAUUUGAAUUUCUUAACCAAACAGCAAUUCGCUUUCUAUCUUGUACUUGUUUACUUUUAAAAUAUCCACUCACUUCUUAGUUGAAGUGGUCUUCCUUUUGCUCAUCUUUUGUCUCCCCCAACAUAGAUAAAUAUGUAGUUUUCCCCUCUCUCUCUAAUGCUAAUGACGUUGUACUAAUUUACACAUGUCAAUGAUGACAUAUGCUCGUCAUACAAAUUUUUGACACGUAGAAGAAAACACCUGGUUUGAGUUUGUUCUUCGAAUCAGUACUGUUUAAAAUCUCAUCUGUUAUUUUAGCCGAGUUGUAGUAGCCCUCAUAUUGUUGUUGUUACUGUUCUGUUGCAAAGUUUGCAUGCAAAAGUAAAAAUGUAACAACGCACUGCACAACAUUAUGUAUGUAAGAAUGCAUGAAUGCAGAAUAAAUAAAAAAUCCAUAGUCAGCACUUGA